UCAACGUUUAGCGGUGUCACCCUUUUCCACUUCUCGGUUAACAUCCAUGUCAAGCUUAUAUAUACCAUAUAUAGAGAAUAUAAGAUGGACUCUUGAAGAAACGCAGGGAUAUUGGCUCUGCCUCUUGGAACUCCAAACUGACAAACAGUUCAUAUUAUUAUUAUAGUAAAAGAUAGCCAUCAAACUGGAUUGGAGCAGAGUGAAAGUGAAUCCAUUUGUGAGCAGCUUAAGAGAAAAGCUGCAACAGCAAAGACCGAUGCCUUUGAACAUAUUUCAGGACAAAGAUGGAUUGCCCCGGAUUUUAUUAACUGAGCCAAAUGGUUCAUCAGCAGAGGUGCUUCUAUAUGGAGGGCAGAUUAUUUCUUGGAAGAAUCACCGAAAGGAAGAACUGCUUUUCAUGAGCAGCAAGGCUAACAGGAAACAACUUAAAGCAAUCAGAGGAGGUAUAUCAGCUUACUUUGCACGGUUUGGUGAACUUGGUUUAUUUGAACACCAUGGAUUUGCAAGAAACAGGUUGUGGUCAUUGGAUAGGGACCCUUCACCUCUAUCCCCAUUAGACAAUCAAUCAUGUGUGGAUCUGAUACUUAAGUCCACAGGAUUUGACUUCAAGACACCCUGUAGUUUUGAGUUGCGGCUCCGCAUCUUUCUCAGUGCUGGCAAGCUCAUUCUGAUUCCCAGAGUCAGAAACACUGAUAAUAAAGCAGUUUCUUUUGCAUUUGCACUAUGCAACUAUUUGUCUGUAUCAGAUAUCAGUGAAGUGCGUAUUGAGGGGUUGGAGACACUUGAUUACAUUGACAAUCUGAUGAACAGAUCAAGGUUCACAGAGCAAGCAGAUGCAAUUACCUUCGAUGGCGAGAUGGACAGGGUGUACUUGCACCACAGCCCCAAAAAAAUUGCCAUCAUAGACCAUGAGAAGAAAAGAACUUUUGUACUCCAGAAGAAUGCACUACCAGAUGCAGUGGUAUGGAAUCCAUGGGACAAGAAAUCUAAGGUUCUACCUGAUUUGGGAGAUAAUGAUUACAAGAUGAUGAUGUGUGUGAAAUCUGCAGCUAUUGAUAGCCCUAUUCUCUUGAAGCCCUCUGAAGAGUGGAAGGGGUAUCAGGAGUUAUCUACUGUUUCAUCAAGCUAUUGCAGUGGACAAUUGGAUCCUCGCAUGGUUCUUUAUGGCUUUCACUGACAUUGUUUAGUUCAGUCAGUGGAGAUUUAUAUGGACUUCAGGGGCCUAAUUAGGUGUGCAUGAAUAUCAUCAUGCUGAUACCUUAACCAAAAGCCUCAGCAAUAUGAACAUUUAUACUUACCACUUUACAAUAAUCCAGAGAUGACUCUAUCUCUGUGUCCAUUUGGCAUUUGCUUGAUUCCAUGGCCAUUCUUACAGUAUCAUCUAUGAGUUGUGUCCUUGUGUCAAAUGGCUUAGCAGAAAGUUCAUCAUCGACUUUGCUGACUACCUUUGCCAUCAUUGUACUCAUUGAAUACAAAUGUACCUUUUUUU